AUGGCGAGCAAGAAGGCAACUCCAGCUAAGAUUGAAUCCUGGACGCCGCCUCUGUACUUGGGUCAGACGUCCUCCUCUUCCGAAGAUGACGCCCGCACUCCGGAGACCUGCAUGAUUGCGCAGGAAUGCGAGCAAAUCGCAAAGGGAUCCAGCCUGCCUUCUCUCGAGAUCAUGCUAGAACCAUCUCAGACAGGGCCGGAUCUGGUUCAGUAUCACAGCGAGAUGCAUUACAUGACUAUCAUCAGCGAGCUUGUCGAUGCAAAGAAGUCGAGUAGAGUGACGCGUAUCGUUGUGGAGGAUAGGAAGCCCAUGGCUACUAGACACACGCAGAUGAAGACGACGCAGGUUCGAGUUGUUAUUCAAGGGCUUGAUCCGCUUGAUGAGGAGUACUUGAAUAACAAAUCAGCGUUUAGCUUGCCUUCAAAACACAGCUGCGAAGCUAUGCUACAAGCCUACUUUUCCCUCGGCCACCCUCACGUGCCUAUUCUUGACCCCGUCGAAUUCGUCAAGUCGUACUUAUCCGGUUCAUUCUCCCUCUUCCUCAUGCAAGCCAUUCUCGCCAACGCUGCGCUGUACGCGCCCAUGCCCCUACUUGAAGCUUGUGGGUUUAGUGAGAGAUGCGAGGCCAUCGAGACGUAUUUCUCCAGAGCUAGUUUGCUGUACCAGUUUGGCUGUGAGAGGAACCAGCUGCGGUCGCUGCAAGGAUCGAUUGUGUUGGGGAUGACGGCCGUGACGGGAUCGUUUGAUCGGGAUUUCAGAUAUUGGAUUCACAAUGCGGUGAGAUUGGCCGUUAAGAUGGGAUUGCAUAAAAGACUAACAAAGGGGGUAUUACCAUCCGUCAUCAGCUUUGCGCACAAAGAGUCAGAAUCACCAACAUGUAAACUAUACCAAAGAAUCUGGUGGGCUCUCUACAUCCGCGACAUCACGCUGCUCCUCGGCGGUGCACAAAACAUGCGCAUGAUCCACGCAGAAGACAACGAAGUCCUCACCAUCCCAACCCCCGAAUCCCUCGGCGACGAUGUCCCAGCCUGCUACGCCCAUCUCAUUCCGCCUCUAACACAGCAGCAACGCGAAUAUUUCAUCGAAUACUGCCGUCUCGCACGAAUAGCAACAAAAUGUCUCUCCAUCUUGAAAUCUCAUCCCCGAGAAACCCUCGACCUGAUCCAAUCCGAGCUCCAUCUCUGGCGUUCCUCCCUCCCCGAAUCCCUCCAGCCCGUCCACCGCCCGUCCCACGUCCGCAGCGACUCCAUAUGGCACAUGGUCCUCAUGACUUCAAGUUAUCGCUACGAGAGCAUGCUCUGCCGCAUCCUGAGAAAGGAAUCCGAAGGCCGUGACCUGGAGCUCCAGAAGAAAUCCGCCCAGGCCGUGAGAGCAGCGAUAUAUGAGCUUGAUGCCAUCAUCGGACGGGCCAUGGCGUAUGAUAUGCUUUCCAUGCUUCCAAUGUCAUGCAUAAGCAUCGGCCCAACCGUCUUAGCACUACACCUCGAAAUCGUCCUCAGCCCCUCUGAAAGCGAAACCGUAAAAUCUCGCUCCCGAAUCUACAUCCACCAAGCCAUCGUCUUUCUCCAACAAUGCCGCGAUCUCCCCUUUAUGAAGAUUGCUCUCGAUCUCGUCGACUGGGCGCUCACCAAGCAAAAUCUCCUCUCCAUCGACAAGCUCAACGCGCCCCCGCCGCCUAUUGCAAGCCAUUUACAUCAACAGGAGCCGUUUGUGGAUCUGGAUAAGGAGGGCAGUGGCGCAGGGGGGGAGAACCAGGCCAUGGCGAAUGUAUCUGUAUUUGAUGUAAUAGAGAGGCUGGAUGAAUUUCUGGAGCUUGGGGCAAUGGAUGAUACCAUGAUUUCGGAUUUAUGGCAGAACAUUUCUUAG